AUGUAUUCCACCACACCUUUGAGAACUGUUAAGCCCUUGAUUGAUUUUCCUACUGUGUUUCCAAAUCAAAGAACUCGAAAGAAUUCGCGUUUUUCCCCAAUACCCAGCAAAACACUGCGAUGUAAUAGCUACAAGCGUGUCCUUUCGACGAGAGCCUGCACAAAUUCACAGCCCUCGGUGGAUUCCGGUGACGGGAAUGAGGAUUUCGUGACAAGGGUUUUGAGGGGAACCCCGAGCCUGAUCGAGCCCAAGUAUUUGGUUGGGGAUAAAUUGUACUCGUCGACGGAGAAGGAGAGUUUGAGUAGAAAGGGUUCUCUGGAUGUUAAGGUAUCUGAGAUACUGAACAGAUUGGAUGUGGAGGCAUUGGUGAGCAAAGGCGACAAUGUGAGGAAUUUUGUGAAGCCUGAGGGGGAGGUUUAUCUGAAGGAUCUUUUGAGGCAGUACAAAGGUAAGCUUUAUGUACCCGAGCAAAUUUUUGGGCCUAAUUUGUCGGAAGAAGAGGAGUUCGAGAGGAACGUGGAUGAGUUGCCGAGAAUGAGCUACGAGGAUUUUCAGAAGUACAUGACGAUUGACAAGAUAAAGUUGCUGACUUUUAAGGAGGAUACCGGUUAUUCAUUCGAUACAGAUUGGUAUAGGGAUUUUGUUGUGGAUUUGUAUGAAAUACCUGGAGAAAAGAGGUUGCACAGAACUAAAUGGGCAAUGAGAUUGGAUGAAGCGCAAGUUCGAGAUCUUUUGGAGAGAUACAAGGGACCCCGUAAUGAAAUAGAAAAGGAAAUGAUGUCCUUUGUCGGAAAAACAACAGAAUAUACUCAUCCUGUUGCAUCGAAGAUAUCGAGCAGGAUGAUGGUCGAGCUUGGGGUGUUAACAUCUACAACGGCAGCAGCAGCAGUUCUUGUUGGAGGAUUUUUGUCUUCUGCAGUAUUUGCUGCCACCAGCUCUGUCUUUGUUGUGACUAUCUAUGGUGUAUAUUUUGUGGUCAUGCCAUUUGUCAAACUUAGUCUGGGUCUCUCUCUCGGAAUUCUGGAUAGAAUCUGGGAAACUAUUGUUGAUUUCUUCGGCGCUGGAGGUUAUACGGCCACAUUGUAUGAAGUCUAUGCUAUCGGUGGGUUUUCUGCCAGUUUUGAAAAACUGAGACCCAUCUUGAUGAUCUUGUUGUUGAUGGUGCUGGUUAUUCGGUUAACACUUAGUAAAAAGCCUAGGAAUUUCAGAACAAUGGAUAUGUGGCAAGGCCUUCAAUUUUCUCAGUCGAAGCCUCAAGCACGAGUUGAUGGCUCCACUGGGGUUUCCUUUAGUGACGUGGCGGGGAUUGAUGAUGCGGUGGAAGAGCUCAAAGAGCUGGUGAGGUACCUGAAGGAUCCUCAGCUAUUUGAUAAAAUGGGCAUAAAGCCUCCUCAUGGAGUUCUUCUGGAGGGCCCUCCUGGAUGUGGCAAGACCCUGGUUGCAAAAGCCAUAGCUGGUGAAGCUGGAGUUCCAUUUUAUGAAAUGGCUGGAUCAGAAUUUGUUGAAGUGCUAGUUGGUGUAGGCUCGGCUCGUAUCAGGGAUUUGUUCAAUCGGGCAAAGGUAAAUAAACCAUCAGUCAUUUUUAUUGAUGAAAUUGAUGCUCUGGGAACAAGUCGGCAGGGAAUGACCAGUAAGGCAGACAAGUACCAUUAUGAUUCAAAAACUCAAGAAAGGGAGACUACGUUGAACCAGCUCUUAAUAGAACUAGACGGGUUUGAUACGGGCAAAGGUGUCAUAUUUUUGGGAGCCACAAACAGAAAGGAUUUGCUCGAUCCUGCCCUCCUUCGGCCUGGUCGGUUUGACCGCAAGAUAAAGAUCCGUCCUCCAAAUGCAAAAGGGAGACUGGAGAUUCUGAAAGUUCAUGCACGGAAAGUGAAAUUAUCAGACACCGUUGAUUUGUCUAUUAAUGCGAACAACUUGCCAGGAUGGACGGGUGCAAAGCUGGCUCAACUUAUCCAAGAGGCAGCUCUUGUGGCAGUGAGGAGAGGUCAUAGUGCUAUCCUACAGUCGGACAUGGAUGAUGCUGUUGUCCGUCUUACGGUGGGCCCCAAGCUUGUGGGGCUUAACCUUGGUCAUCAGGGUCAAUAUCGGAGGGCUACUACUCUAGUGGGAACUGCUUUGACUUCUCAUCUGCUGAUACGUGUCGAGGGUGCCAAUGUCGAGCGCUGUGAUCGUGUAUCAAUUCAUCCUCGUGGACAGACACUAUCGCAACUCGUAUAUCACCGACUAGAUGAAGAGUCGCGCAUAUUCGAGCGCCUGCCUCAGUUAUUGCACCGUCUUCAGGUAUUUCUUGGAGGCAGAGCUGCUGAGGAAGUCAUUUUCGGGCGCGACACUUCGGAAGCAUCCGUCACUUACCUUGCUGAUGCAUCAUGGCUUGCCCGAAAGAUUAUCACUGUAUGGAAUUUGGAGAACCCGAUGGUAGUGCACGGUGAACGCCCUCCAUGGAGAAAGAUGGUCAGAUUUUUGGGUCCUAAAAUGGACUUUGAGGGUUCUCUUUACUCGAGCCAUGGCCUGUGUGAACCUCCCCUCAACUUCAAAUUGGACGAUGUCAUUGCAAGGAGGACGGAAGAACUCAUGCACGAUAUGUACAGCAAAACGGUUAAUCUGCUUAGACAGCAUAAUGCUGCUUUGCUCAAGACUAUAAAGGUUAUUCUUGACCGGAAAGAGAUUAGUGGGCACGAAAUUGAUUAUAUCCUCGAUAAGUAUCCUCCACAAACUCCCACAAGCACCGUUUUGGAGGAAAGAAAUCCGGCCAGCCUUCCAAUCUUCGAACAGGAACAACAAACUCAGAGUAAUGAAUUGGAUUAUGCCCUUUUGACUUCAUGA